CCUGCGGGGAAAGCUCUGCCGGCGCGACCGCCGCAUCCAGCCGCCUCCGCUACCCUCCGGGAAGGCCAUAGAGCGAGGGCGGGCAGAGCGGCGCUUCCUGUACGGAGAGCCCCCCUUCUCUUCCUGCCCCCGCAUUGCCAAGGCGACGGAGAAGGCCGGGGCGGAGUUCUCCUCAAGGCCGAGGCUCCCCUGAAGGGACGGAGCGGGGCUCGCCUCUCCUCUCGCCUGCUGCUUGCCUUCUCAGCCUGGAAUCCUCAUCUUUCCCUGACCUUUGCCCUUCAGGCCUCACCCUGGAGCGACCUCUGACUUCCCAGUCUCUCUUUUGAUUCUAUGAUUCCUGUCACCUUUGAACUCAGCCUCUCCCCCUUCCUUGCCCUUAAUUCCUUUUCAAGGCAAUCUAUCACCCCUCUGGUUCCUCUCCUCUGAAUGUCUUAUUGGCCCUUAAUUUCCUUUCCUCUUCCUCCUCCUCAAAGACAUAUUGGAUCCCUCUAUCCUUCUGGUUUCUCUCCCAGAUUCCACUCCUGAGUAUCUUUUAACAGUUUCCCAUCCUCAUCAAGGCCUAGCCGUGCCCCAUUCGUUUUGCCAAGAUUCCCACGCUUUUCACCGAGAAGCUCUGGCGAUGCCCCCUGGUUGGGGGAAGCGGGGAGGCUGAGGCAGAAGAGAGGAGGCCACCCUGCCAGAAAAGGGGCACCCAGGUCCCAUUAUCCAGGUGUGUCUCAAAAUGGCUACCAUGCUGAGGUGGCCACGGAAGGGAAGUGUGGCACCCUAAAAGAGAGCAGUGGCAUGUUACAGGAGCAGCUGUGAGGGCCACAAGAAGCAAGCUCUGGGGCCUUUUCUGCCUGGAUAGAGGGGACUCGUUGCCUUAAAGGGUCUUUUGGAUUUUUUGUGAUCUGGGCAGUGUGCUGACCCAUUAGCCAACCACACUCCAAAGGUGUCACCAGGAAGCUUGUGGCAGGUGGAGGAGAGCCAGGCUGCUUUCCCCACUGCCUGCUCCAACUGCUGCCGCCACCAUGUCGACCUCUUCGCUGCGCCGUCAGAUGAAGAACAUUGUCCACAAUUACUCUGAAGCAGAGAUCAAGGUGCGAGAGGCCACAUCGAACGAUCCAUGGGGUCCCUCCAGCUCCCUCAUGUCCGAAAUUGCUGACCUCACUUACAAUGUGGUGGCCUUCUCUGAAAUCAUGAGCAUGAUCUGGAAACGCCUCAAUGACCAUGGCAAGAAUUGGCGUCAUGUCUAUAAGGCCAUGACACUGAUGGAAUACCUAAUCAAGACAGGCUCAGAGCGAGUGGCUCAGCAAUGCAAGGAAAACAUUUAUGCCAUCCAGACACUAAAGGAUUUCCAAUAUGUUGAUCGGGAUGGAAAGGACCAAGGGGUCAAUGUGCGGGAGAAGGCCAAGCAGCUAGUGGCCCUUCUCAAAGAUGAUGAACGACUUAAAGAGGAACGAGCCCAUGCUCUAAAAACAAAGGAGAAGCUGGCCCAGACUGCAACUGCUUCUUCAGCUUCCUCCUCUUUGGCAAAUGCCCCUGUGGAAGCGGAGCAGGCUUGGCCUCAGAGUAGCGGAGAAGAAGAACUGCAGCUACAGCUGGCGCUGGCCAUGAGCAAAGAGGAAGCGGAGCAGGUAAGCGCCAAGAAGGAAGUUAAAAACCUGGAUAUGGGACCAGGCCUUCGGCCCCCUGCAGUGGCCGACGAAGACCUACAGCUCCAGCUAGCCCUUAGCUUGAGCAAAGAGGAACAUGACAAGGAGGAGCGAAUCCGGCGUGGGGAUGACCUACGACUCCAGAUGGCCAUUGAGGAGAGCAAGAAAGAGACAGUUCCUGCUAAGGAGGAGUCAUCCCUGAUGGAUCUCGCUGAUGUCUUCACCGCCCAGCCUACUGCUGACCCCUGGGGUGCCUCUCCUGCUCCAGCCGACCCCUGGGGUGGUGCUGCCCCAGUUGUAUCCGCAGCUCCCACUGAUCCAUGGGGACCAGCCGCUACUGGAGCACCUUCCACAGGAGAUCCAUGGGGGAGCACCACAGCACCUCCUGCAGCCCCCUCAGACCCAUGGGGUGGCCCCUCAGCUGCAGGCACCGACCCCUGGAAGACUGAAGGUGGGGUUUCUGUUGGGACAACAGCAGCCUCAUCCACAGACCCAUGGUCAUCCAGCCCAACUCCGGCCUCCCAGGGGAAACCGGCCCCUGACCCUUGGGCUCCAGCAUCUACUUUUUCAGAUCCCUGGGGAGGUUCCCCUUCCAAACCCAGCACCAAUGGCACUGCAGCUGGCGGAGGCUUUGAGCAGUUUGGUGGUCCUGGGGACAGGGACGAAUUCUCAGAUUUCGACAGCCUGCGCCCGGCGCUGCCCAAAUCCGGGAGCAGCACAGGUGAGCUCUCACUCUUAGCUGGUGAGGUGCCUGUUUGCCGGGCUGGAGGUGGCACUGAGAGCCCCAAUGCUUUUGACAUGGCAGCCAUGAGUGGGUCCCUUCCGGACACCUCCAAGCCAACACGCAAGACUCCAGAGUCCUUCCUGGGUCCCAAUGCUGCCCUUGUUGAUUUGGACUCUUUGGUCAGCAAACCCACUGCCCUCUCUAGCAGCGCAAAGGCCUCCAAUCCUUUCCUACCCACUGGUUCAGGCUCUGCCCCUGCCCCAUCUGCCUCAACUACAAACCCCUUUCAAGCAACGGCGGCUGCUCCACUUUCUCUCAACCAACUCCGUGUCAGCCCAGUUCUCCCUUUAUCCCAGCCAGCACCCCCCGCCUUCCCUGCCACGGCUCCUAUGGUCUCGGUCUCCCCCAUGGCCCCCGGGAUGCCCUUAGCCACCGUUUCCCCCAUUGUGGGAGUUCAGCCCAUGGGGGGCGUUCCACCUAUGGGGCUCCCUGCCAUGGGGCUGCCCCCUCAGAGCGUGGCGCCUGCGGGCAUGGUCCCCAGCAGCACCUCUGCUUCCACCAUGGGGAGUACUAACCCCUUCUUGCUAUAAUCAGUGGGAACCAUCUAGCCCUCCGGUCACUAUCCCCCACCAGCCCCCUUCAUCCUGUAUUCCCAAUUUGCAAUGGAGCCCCCUAAGAUUCCACCCACAAACAUGGGGCAGCCAAGCCUGGGCUACGUGGGGAUGGAAGGAAGGGGAGAGACUUGCGUCCUUUAUCACAAGUUCCUCUACCCCCAUGUUGGGGGCAGGAGGGGCUUUCCCUUUUUUGGUUUUAAGGGGUGGGGUGAGGCAUAAAAGAUCUCCCUUGUUGCUCUUGGAAGCAGCUCGGAGAGUGUGUUUUGGCUGUUGUAGCACAGUCCCCGGCAGUAGCGAUCCCUGCUCAUUCUCAUUGAGUUUGGGGAAGAUAGGGAAGCCAGAAGGGAGGGGACUGAGAAGCAGCCGCCAAAAUGGGGGUCGGGAAAGGGGUGGGCCACAAAGGCAGGGGUAUCAUCUCCAAAACUUGAGUGUUUUUAUGCCUUUCCCACACUUACCAGAGUAAAUAUUCAUCCCAUUUUGGAUGCAGUGGCAAGUUUGGGAAUAUUUUUAGCCUCACCCUCAUCUUGGCUCAUAAAUCUCUUUCCUACACAUUUUAGGAGUACAGGCCCUUACAAAUGACAUUUUCUUGUGGGGUGGGGAAAGGAUGGAGGGCACACACUUCCCUUUAAAUGAAAUAGAAACCCUUCAAUCCCAGUUUCCAGAUUCAAGCUUCUCCAUCCCAUUCCCACCCCCCACAGCUGGGACCAGUCUUUAUCAGCCGGGGAGGUGGGAGUGAAAUCAGAUGGGGUUGAAACCAGUGAAGCCCUUUGCUAAUUUGGGGAUGGAUUGAGACACCAGGAAUAUAUUUGUCUCUGCCAUUCCUGGGGGCCAAGAGGAGUACCACUCAUUUGAGGUCAGAGACCAAAGCUGGGAAGGCAGCACUACGCUUGGCCCCCUGUCCUCUCCUGAGAGAGAGAGAAAAGGCAACCACUUUUUGCAAACUGCAUGGAGGCCCUUUCAGGCAUCACACUUGGGAAAGGAGCCUUGAAACCAUCAAAACAUCCCGCUAUGAAAGGGCAACCAUUGGAGGAUUCUAUGAGUCUCAAAACCUUCU